AUGGCAGCAAACAGGGCCCUGCCUGCUGGUUUUGGGGAACUCGAGGUGCUAGCUGUGGGGACAGUGCUGUUGAUAGAAGCGCUCUCUGGCCUCAGCCUCAAUGGCCUGACCAUCUUCUCUUUCUGCAAGACUCCAGAUCUGCGGACUCCCAGCAACCUGCUGGUACUAAGCCUGGCCCUGGCAGACAGUGGGAUCAGCCUGAAUGCCCUUGUUGCAGCUGUAUCGAGCCUCCUCCGGUUCAUUACGCCCAUUGUUUCCCACAGGCGCUGGCCAUAUGGUUCAGAGGGCUGCCAGGCUCAUGGUUUCCAGGGUUUUGCAAUGGCACUGGCAAGCAUCAGUGGCAGUGCAGCCAUCGCCUGGGGUCGCUACCACCACUACUGCACCCGUAGACAGUUGGCAUGGAACACAGCCAUCCCUCUGGUGCUGUUUGUGUGGCUAUCAUCUGCCUUCUGGGCAUCCCUGCCCCUGAUGGGCUGGGGCCACUAUGACUACGAGCCUUUGGGGACAUGUUGUACAUUGGACUAUUCUAGAGGUGACAGAAACGAAAUCAGUUUCCUUUUCACCAUGGCCUUUUUCAACUUCCUGGUGCCGCUUCUCAUCACGCUCACUUCGUACCGGCUCAUGGAACACAAACUCUCCAGGAGCGGUCAUCUUCCGGUGAACACCACUCUGCCAGGCAGGAUGCUGCUGCUGGGCUGGGGCCCCUAUGCCCUCCUGUACCUAUAUGCAACCGUCGCAGAUGUGGGCUUCAUCUCUCCCAAGCUACAGAUGGUGCCUGCCCUCAUUGCCAAAACCAUGCCCACAGUCAACGCCAUGAACUACGCCUUGCCCAGUGAGAUGAUCUACAGAGGGGUCUGGCAGUGCCUGUCUCCACAGAAGAGCAAGCAGAACUGA